UCGUUCAUCAAAAGCCUGGGAACUAUUUGCUGCUUUCACUGACCGGGUACACCGCGGCAUGACCUUGAUGCUUUCCACCAUCUCGCCGUCCACCCGCCUCGAUUGCCCUCAAUGACCAAGGAAUGUCCCGUAGCGUUGCUGUCACCCACUGCACCCUCCAAUGAGGUUGCGCAUCCAGCAAGUGAUGUUCUACUCCCCCAAUGACUCUUUGCGAAGAACGACGUCGACCAUGACGAGCGUAUUUAUCACCGCCCUCCAAUACGCCCGCCAGCACGCCGGCCAACCGCCAAACCCACCCCCAACGCCGCAAGCAUCCGCAUGGAGCCCAACCAAAAUCGCAAUGAACCUGUGAAAUUCAACCAUUAGACGACGUCCAAUUUGCCUGAAUAUCAAAGAUCUGUCGCAAUCUGAUAGUGUGGGCCCAUGCACACGCUGAGAAGCCCAACUACGAGGUUGACGAUGACGGCGACGACACCAUGCAGGAGGACGAAGGAGGUUCUUUUGUUAAGUAUGGAGUGUAGGACGGCCUGUAGAUGGCGUCUUCAUGGCUGGCAAGGCGCAGGAAGGGUGGGAGUAUGUGUGACCGGGAGGGCAGGAAGAGUUCGGGAUCCCGAUGGUGGCAAUGAGCUGUUCGUUAAGUCGAGCCGACGAAAGGGUCUACUUCCGACAGUUUUGGAAGAUCUUAUAUCAGCUCGUAAACGUGCGAAAGCAGAUUUGAAGACGAAAACAUACAUUCAAGCGCGCUGUGAUCGAUGGACGGUAGCUGGCCCUGAAGGCCUGAAGAUCAGUGCCAAUUCCGUCUACGGAUUUACUGGCGCUACCAUAUCGCUAUCGGCACACCCAUUUUCGACCCUGGGGAAUUCAAUGGUGCCAUCCAUUCCUCUCGCAAACCCCUCUUGAUGACCAGUAACGUUGCUGGUCAUGCUCCCGCCUCUUUCACUACUCCUCGCAUGUGCUGCAACCGCCACCAUCACCACCCUCCCAUCACCCAUUGCAAUCCCCGGCCCACCACUACCACACUAACACUUGCUCGAAUCUCUCGGUCUUGCAGCAAAGGUAUGCAUCGACGCAUACACUUGACGCUUGGAUACAUAAUUCCGAGGAUGAGCUCGUCGACGUGGUACAUGUUUUCGCUUAUCUUUCUGUGUCUCCUCGCACUGGUUGCU